AUGGCCUUCCCGUUUCUGCGAGCGUUUGUGACACUCUUUAUUUAUCGUUAUACCCGCCUCGUGUUCAAUCUGUUCUCCUUUUGGACAUUCAAGCCAAUCCCACCACCAGAGAACCCCAAAUUGACCUCGCAAGAUGUGACGGUGAUCAUUCCAUCGUUAGAGGGCUGUGGAGAUGAGCUGGUGGAGACGAUACGGACAAUUCUCGACAACCAACCCCGUGAGGUGCUUCUCGUCACAAUCGAGGCCAAUCGCAAGAAGGCCGAGAUGAUGCUGAGCUUGAUGCCAACAACUCGGGUCCGAUUGUUCACCGUGAAACACCCCAAUAAGCGCCGCCAAAUGACUCGAGCCAUCCCCGAGGUCAAAACCGCCAUCACUAUUCUCGCCGACGACGACGUGAGCUGGCCGCGCACUCUGCUGCCAUGGAUUCUGGCGCCCUUUGAAAAGGAUGAGAAAUACGGCGGUGUGGUAACCUGCCAGCGAUUGCGCCGGGCCAUUGAACCGAGCCUCUCACAGCGAGUCUGGGGCUUCUUGGGAGCUCUGUACCUGGAACGACGCAACUUUGAUUGCGGCGCGACGACCCAUGUGGACGGUGGACUUCCCUGCAUGUCGGGACGGACGGUUGCGUAUCGGACACGAAUUCUACAGAACGAGGCCUUCACCUACGCUUUCACCAAUGAGGAGUGGUGGUGGGGAAAGUACCAACUCAACGCCGACGAUGAUAACUUUAUCACCCGCUGGAUGGUCUCGCAUGGAUGGGAAACUUAUAUGCAGUACCACCCGGAGGCGGAGGUGCUGACUACCCUCGAAGAUAACCCUCGUUUUUUGAAGCAAUGCGCCCGCUGGUCAAGAAGCAAUUGGCGGAGCAAUCUGACCUCAAUGUUCCACGAGAAGCACAUUUGGCAUCGUCAGCCUUGGAGCGCUUACGCCGUCCACUUGACCACUUUAUCGCCGCCCGCCCUUCUAGGCGACUUGCUGUUGGUCUGGCUGUGCCACAAGGCGACAGGGUCGUGGGGAGAGUCUUUACACGAUCAGUCCAUGACUCUUCUCUACAUGUGGAUUUUCACUAGCAAAUGGAUCAAGCUGCUCGGUCAUUAUCUUCGGUAUCCCGUCGACGUGCUGUUGUUGCCAGUCUCCGUCCUCUUCGGUUAUUUCCAUGGUGCGAUCAAGAUGUAUGCCGUGAUGACACUGAAUGUGACAACAUGGGGUAGCCGUGAUGGUGCUGAUGACUAUGACGCGGAGCGUAUGAAGAAGCGGACGGAUGCUGAUCGUAUGAAGCAACCGUAUUAUCCGCAAUAUCUCAUAUGA